AUGUCAGGAGAGCACCACUUGAUUAUAUACGAUUUUGAAGCGACCAAUGAAGGUGAACUAACAGUAAAAGAAGGUGAAAUUAUUGAAGUUAUGGAAGUUUACGAUGAUGGUUGGAGUUUAUGUAAACGACAAAAACAAAAAGGUUUAAUUCCCUCAUCGUAUUAUGAUGAAAAUCCAUGUGAUGGAGCAAAUACACCAGGAGCUUCAUCACUCGCAUUUUCUCUCAAUUCGAAUAAUUUAAAUUUAAACGAACUUCAAAUUGAUGAUAAAUCAGCCAUUUCGGCCAACAAACAUGUGAGCAUUUCGGCUGGAGGAAUUAAAAUUGUUAGAAAGGAUUUGGGAAAUGCCUCAUCUUCCAAUUCUAAACUUUAUUCACCAACCGGUCCAAUGAAACACUCAAAAACUGAAGCCUUUGCUUUGAUUACAAAAUUCAUUACACAAUCUGCCAAACGUAAGAAACUUCGUGAUUGGAUGUCAAUUAAGGAAAAUAGAAGUUUCCGUAAACGUAAUGAAUUAGUUAGAGAAUUAUUACAGACUGAAGAAAGUUAUGUUCAGUCACUUCGUUUAUUUGUAAAUUCCUAUGCUAAACCAGCAAAAGCAAAUACUCAAUUAUUAUCUGAAAAGAAAUCAAAAAUCAUCUUUUCAAAUAUUGAACAAAUUUUGGGUAUUAAUGAAACUGUAUUGGCUAGUUUACAAGCAGCUAUUAUGAAAUGGCCUUCAAAGAAUGAAUUGGGUGAAACAUUUAAUAGAAUGGCACCUUUUUUCAAGGCCUAUGUAACUUAUAUUAACAAUUAUGAUGCAGCUUUUGAAUUAUUGGAAAGAUGUGAAAAGAAAAAGAACAAAUUCUUCCAAUACAUGUCAGAUCAAACUGCUAAAAACCCAACAGAACACGGUUUGAGAUCACUUUUGAUUAUGCCAGUUCAAAGAAUUCCACGUUACAAAAUGUUAUUGGAACAAAUUCUUGCAUCAACACCUCAAGAACAUGUUGAAUAUAAACACUAUGAAACUGCAUUAAAGACCAUCAGUGAUGUUGCUGUAUUCGUGAACGAGAGAAAGAGGCAAGAAGAUGAUUCCAACGUCAUCUUCACAGAUUUAAAGACCAAAUUGAGCAAACACUACAAGGCACUUGUAAAACCAACAAGAAAAGUUAUUAGAGAUUAUGUUUUCAGAAUGAGAACAAGGGAAAAAGUUGAAAAGGAAGAAUAUAGAGGAUAUAUUUUCACAGAUGCAAUGAUUAUCUUACAGGAACAAAGUGGUUUAUUCAAUCUUUCAAAGAAAUCAUUCAUGUUUGUUUACUUUUCAUUCACAAAACUUCUUGGAAGAAAUGGAGCUGAAAUCAAGUUGAGUUACAUUAACGGAGGCAAGGAAACAGACUUUUCCUUGAUUGCAGCAUCAGAGGAGGAUGCCAAAGCUCUCUAUGAAACAUUCGACGAAAGAAUCAAGAGUAUUGAAGAAAGUCAAAGUUUCAAGAAUAUGAAACUCGAUAGAGAUUGUUACUCUGUCGGUAGAGAAAGAGCUAGUUUGGCUGAGAAGAGAGAUGAAACUAAAGCUAAAUUGGAAGCCAAUGUAAAGCAAUUCCAUUCAUCUGAAAAGAAAUUGAAGAAAUUGGAUCAAUCAUUACAAAAUCAUGAACAAGAAUUGAAAAAGCUUGUUGAACUCAUUUGUAGGGAACGAGAAGAAAAGAGUAACACUAUCAAGGAAAUGGAAGGAAUCCAAGUUCAAUGUGCAGAUAUUCAAGUUCAACUCAAGAAUAAUUUGGAGGAAAUCAAACAACGUGAUGAAAUUCUCUUUGAUAAGAUGUUACACAAUGUUGGAGAGGACUUUGGUCUCGUUUUUGGUGAAGACAACCUUGUAGACGUACCUUCUGAAUUGAAGAAAGCUCCAAUCAAUAAUACUGUCUAUAUGAACUCGAGCAGUUCAUACAAGCACAUUGAUAUUCAAGCCAUUCUGAAAGAGGUUUCCAAAGUGGAUGUCUCCAUUGGUACAAGACUUGAUUUUGAGAGUGAUUCACCUGCAAGGUCAACACCAGUCAGUAGUAGCAGUAAUAUUUCACCUCAAAAUAUCAGUUCAUUCACAGACAAUUCUCCAAAUACUCCAACAACUACUUCUCGUCCUAAACACAUUCUUCCUCCACCUUCUGAACUCAGAAAGUCCAUGAAUGGUACAAGUGAUUUGGGUUUGGCAGCAGCUAAAAUGAAUUUCAAUAAUCCACAACCUCCACCACGUCCACCACCAUCCAAAACUCCAAUCAACAAGCCAAGUGUUUCACCUCCUUCCACUACCAACUCACCAACUACGAGCUCUUUUGGAACUGGUAAACUAUUGCCACCACCAAAACCAAGUGGCUCACCAACAACAGCAGUUCCACCACCUCCUUCAACUCAACCACCACCUCCAAAGAAACCCAACAUUAUCUCCACUCCUCCAAGUACCACUGGAAAUAACUCUUUCAAAACAGCUGCCUCUAAAUUCGGCAAUGAUUUAUCAUCUCCAGGAAAGACCAGUACAACCACGUCACCAUUCGGAUCUUCAACAAAUUCAAAUAGUUCCUCUUCAUUGAGAAUUGGUGGAUUUAACAAGCUUAAUACUCCAUCAUCAAAUACUCCAUCAUUACCUUCUCCAAGAGACAAACCAUUACCGAAACCUGUUCCUCAAGUUCCACAAACUCAGUCAGUUACUAGCAACAGCAAUGGCAGUACUCCAACACUUGUGAAGAAAACUCCUCUUCCACCUCCCAAAAAACUAUAAACUAUUUUCUCUUGUACUUUAG